UUGUGCAAUAGAUAAAUUGUUUUAGUUGAAAACACCUAUAUUAAGAGCAUUAUCAAAUAACAAAUACAGCGUGUCACGCGACCAAACUCGUCGUGCUCCGGCGAUAUGGUAAUAUGAUAAAACUUCUAUCAAAAUCCCAUUUAUCCGAGCUGACAACCGGAGAGUUAUGUUUUAUAUGACGUCGCACCGCGGCCUUCCUAUUUGAAUAAUCAAUCGAUUAUUAAUGUCUACCGUCAAUGACGGGGCAAUAUUCUUUGAAACUUCAUACAAUCCUUGCAAGGGUGCAUAUUAGGUUAGUUAGGUACCUUAUUGUAUUGAUAUGACAAACAGAUGGUCCUGUAUAAUGUCAUUUUUAUAACAUUGAAAUGUAUAUUAGAGUUUACACUUUCGUAUGUCGUUUUUUAGAAAGUCAUCGUCAGUCAACAUCGGUGCCUAUCCUAUGUUAUGAAUAUAGGCUAUCAAUUCAUCUGCUCGCUUUACCAAAGAUAAUUUUAGUUGAUAAUAGAUAUUAUAUGUCACAAGUGAUACAAAGUAGGUAUUUCCCUUCGGAAACACAAGUGCCCUAAAUUAUACGAGUACUUAGGUAUUUCCCGUCUUUCAGAAGUCAAGUUUCUCUAUGCAUUAUGUAUAUCCCCCUUUUCUUCAAACACUAUUUAAGUAGUAGGAGUAAACAAUACAAUUGAGCUGUAUAUAAUUAUAUAUCACAUACAUAGAUUAUUAUUUUCCUAGUUUUAUCAAAAAGAAGACUAUUAUUACCAUGUUUUACCAGUGCCUUCACUCUAGUAAUUUCGGAGUAAUAUAUUAGGUAAGGCCUUGUCUUCAGAGAUGCUGGAGCUUUGCUUUCUAGACUAGGUUUGAACUUAUUUUUUGGUUAAAUUUGUGUAAUAAUAAACAUAAUGAAAAGCGGAUAAAAUUCAAAAUUUAUUUUAUAUAUUUCUCGGUAUCGAUAGACCUCAUUUACAACCCCGUUUCUUACUUUAUACUGUGAAGAUCGGUAGACAGUAAUUACUACGAUUUCAGGAUAGUCCGCCGGUUAUUGUAACAUCGUGGGUUAUUGAUAAUUGUGACCUUUAUUAUAUUGAUUGUUUGUGUAGAGCUAUGGAGGCGAAGCCGGAGUCUUUGUGUCGUGUCUGCGGUGACAAGGCUUCGGGAAAACAUUACGGAGUGGCGUCCUGCGACGGCUGCAGAGGCUUCUUCAAAAGAAGUAUAAGACGUAAUUUGGACUACGUGUGCAAAGAAAAUGGCCGUUGUGUGGUCGACGUGACGCGACGGAAUCAAUGUCAGGCGUGUCGUUUUUCAAAAUGUCUUCGUGUGAACAUGAAGAAGGAUGCAGUGCAACACGAGCGUGCGCCCCGCCCGUCUGUCGCCGCACAACACCACAUAGCGCUUCAGAAACUUGGCUACAACUUCUCGCGACAACAGCCUUUUCUUCCCAGCCCAGCUCCCCUAGCCUUGUCCACUUUCCCACCUUUACACACAUAUAAUGGUUUGAUAUCGACCCUCCCCGAAGCGAGUGCACACAACUCGUUUUUAGAAAGACCGCCGUUCCAAGAUUUCUCGUCGUCGAGGCUUCCGGAAACUAUGUCAACCGAUGUUCCGCAGUUGAACCCUUUGUUAAACACUCACGUUGGCGCUCUCAGUCCGCUCAAUCCUUUUAAGAUUCCGCUAUUUUCAGCUUCGCUCCAUUACCCCGUACCACAUCACGCGUACAUACCAACCAGUAUAUUAUAUCCUCCAGUUAUAUCUUCUGGCUCAUCAGCGUCGAUGGAGAAAAAGCAGGAUUCUCAACAGCCGGACAAAAUGAAAGAUGAUGAAGUAUCUAGUUCUGAAGAAGCCUGCAAAGUGAAUGGUCACCAGGAAUCGGAGGAAAAAGAUUGUAAAGCUCCACCUCAUUCAUCAAGCGACUUCGAACCUCCAGCGCAUAUUGUGUCUAAAACUUCCGACAAAACUGUCCAACCUCUAGAUUAUAAGCCAUACACGUUCGUCGACUACCUUAAUGAUCGCCAGAAAACUGUGCACGCAGUGGACAACACUAAAGACAGUUUUGAGGGCAUUACUGACAUAGCAGCGAGAUUCAAGAAGUAUUGUUACAACAAUUGGAAACUGGAUGAGGAAGUUUGCGGCACUGCAGCAAAAAUAUUAGUCGCCACAAUAAAGUGGUUACACGGAGUCCACUCCUUUGUUCACAUGAAGACUAGUGAACAAUUUAAUUUGUUGCAUCAUAAUUGGAAGGAACUGUUCAUUUUGACGGCAGCUGAAUAUUCCUUUUACUUUGAUGAAGAUCACGAAAUAUCGACAAUCACUUCAAAGCGGCCUCAUAUCAAAGAGGAACUCAAAAAGUUGACGUAUCUCUUGAAGAGAUUAUCGCAGUGUAGGCUGGACAGAUCUGAAUAUGACUGGUUAAAAUCAACAUUGUUGUUUCGUACAGAUUCCACUGAUGCAAUAUCAUCCCACAUAGAAGUACUCCAGGACCAGUUUCUAUUAUUAUUACAAAAACACUGCUCCGCAAAAGAUUCCACGCGAUUUGGCCGAGUCAUGCUCCUAUUACCGAACAUUUGCUGUACGGCCAACAAGGAAACUUUGGAACAUCUCCUAUUUCCAUCGUCUUCCUCAGAUGACAUGUAUACUGUGUUAUCGCGGAUACUUAUGUAUACUUCCAUGUAAAAAUCCAUAUUGAGGAACUUAAUUUACCGUUUUAUACUGUAAAUUGUUAGGACAAUGUUACGGACCAAAAUGAUGCUGUCUAACCAGCCAAUCAAUUUGUAAAUAGUUCGUUAAGAAAUAUUCUAGCCUCUAAUGUUGACGUCCAUUUUAAUGGUGACGUUUCGAUGAUUCGUCCAAUUCGAAUAAUAUUCGUUUUACAACACUUUUUUAUUGAUCUCGUAAAUAUUAUUUGGAAAGUAUUUUAAGAAGUAAGUUGGCUUGGAUUUAAUUUUAUAGUUCCUACUCUAUAGAAACAAUAAGAUAAUAUUGUCUUUUUUUCGUGAACAAUUGAAAAAAGGGAGCAUUGCGUUACCUUAUCCUCAUUAUAAUGUUAAUAACUAUAGUUUUAAAUGCAACUUAAUCUAGAGAGAAAUUCGGCGAUAUGUAUAGUAAUUAAUUUAAUAGGAACAUCUAUUUCUAAUUACUAUUUGCUUUUUUUUUGCAGUGACGAUCAGGACACAUUAUUUUACAAUCCAUAGACUUUUCGCAUAAUUAACACGUGUGUGAAUAUUUAGUGUUAUAGUUUAGGUUUACGAAACUUUAUACAAGAAAAACAUUUCUAGUCAUUGUCGCUAGUCAUUUAGUUUUAUUAAAUGUUAAAACUCUUAAGCUUUGACGUGGUUAAUAAAGGUAAGAAUGAUAAGAAACUCGUUUUAUUUAUAUUUAGAACAAAAACUGUUGGAAUAUGUUAAUGCAUAGACACCCAU